CCGGUUCCUUCAGAAUCUUCUCGCCGGAUUUCUUCUGCAACCGGUCUUGCUCCACCAAGAAUGUCCGAGGCCACCGGGAAUGCUGCCAAUACACGAAUCUUCGGCGUUCUUCUCCAACCAUUCUCCCCACCUGCUAGGUCGGCGGCCACCGGUCCUCAUCGCCAGAAUUCUACGGCGAGCAACACUGCUCCGCCUGGCCGCAAUUCCUCUGCAGCUAUCCUUCUUCCACGGUCGUCCUCCACCAACACUGCUUCUUGGGCACCCGUUCUUUCUCUCCCUCCUCGGCCUGCCCACAGCACAAUCAACACUGCUCCGCCUGGCCGCAAUUCCUCUGCAGCUAUCCUUCUUCCACGGUCGUCCGCCACCAACACUGCUUCUUGGGCACCCGUUCUUUCUCUCCCUCCUCGGCCUGCCCACAUCACAAUCAACACCGCGCCGCCUGGGCCUGGCCGUCGUCCCUGUCCUCGGCCUGCUGGCACUGGGAACACAGCCAACAGCCUCAUGAAAACCGCCAUCAUUGAGAAGAUAUUGGCGGAGGUGGAGGCUUCUCGGAGUUAUGCCAGGUGGGUGGAGGAGUCCACCUCUCUUAGCCUCUCGGCAAGGCAGAAUGCGAUUGAGGUACAGAGCGAGAUCACAGAAGAGUUGAAAGAAUGGAUCAGAGGAUUGAAGCCUGAACGCCUUGCCAAGCUCUCAAGAAUGUCGAGAGAGGGAAUGCAGAACUUCGCCCAAUCUCUCUACAAACGGCAUCGUCGCCGUCGGCAAACUUACUCUUGUCCACCGGCAAAACGUCAGCGAGUUAACCCGAUUGUAGAUGCAGAUGCUUCAUCCCCUCCACCUAUUGUUGAUCAGAGAUAUGCUGCUGGCGCCGGUGAUAUUCCUGCUCCG